ACCAAAUUGUUCGCGGCUGCUGUAGGCCUGUUCCCAUGGAAAGGUCCAAAGCUGCUUAAACGUGUGGUGAAGGAACUGUUCUUCUCUUUUCUUACCAAUUUCUCCAUCUUAAAAAAACCCGUCUUUCCUUCUCUCUCUGUGUCUGUCUCUUUUCUCAACUCAUUGAAGAAGCUAAAACACGAGCCAAAAGAAAGGGUGUAUCAAAGAAUUAAAACUAUGGAGAAUGGAACUGUGAACCAUGAAAUGGAAACAGCUUCAACUAUCACAAUAAAAGGCAUUCUUAGUUUGUUAAUGCAAAACAUUGAUGAAAAAAAUAAGAAGAGGUUGAUUUCUUUAGGUAUGGGUGACCCUACUGUUUAUUCUUGUUUUCAUACUACUCAUGUUGCUGGAGAAGCUGUUAUUGAAGCUCUUCAAUCUGAGAAGUUCAAUGGCUAUUCACCGACUGUUGGCCUUCCCCAAACCAGAAGGGCUAUUGCAGAGUAUCUAUCAUGUGAUCUUCCCUACAAUCUAUCACCUGAUGAUGUUUUUGUCACAUCUGGCUGCACACAAGCUAUUGAUGUUGCAGUGGCAAUGCUUGCACGACCAGGUGCAAACAUCUUGCUUCCUAGGCCAGGAUUCCCAAUUUAUGAACUCUGUGCGACCUUCAGACGUCUUGAAGUUCGGUAUUUUGAUCUUCUUCCUGACAAGGGCUGGGAAGUUGAUCUUGAUUCAAUUGUAGCACUAGCUGAUCGGAACACUGUUGGUUUGGUAAUCAUAAAUCCUGGCAACCCUUGUGGCAAUGUAUACUCUUAUCAACAUUUGAAGAAGAUUGCAGAAACUGCAGAUAAGCUUAAAGUUCCUGUUAUUGCUGAUGAAGUCUAUGGGCACCUUGCUUUUGGGGACAACCCAUUUGUACCAAUGGGAGUUUUUGGAUCAAUUGUUCCAGUCCUGACUCUAGGGUCUCUAUCAAAGAGAUGGAUAGUGCCUGGCUGGCGACUUGGUUGGUUUGUGAUAAGCGACCCCUGUGGCAUGUUUAAGAAUCCUAAGAUUAUUGAGCGUAUCAAGAAGUAUUUUGAUAUUUUGGGAGGACCUGCAACUUUUAUUCAGGCAGCUGUUCCCCGUAUCAUUGAGAAAACUGAUGAGGUUUUCUUCAAGAAAACUAUUAACACAUUGAAGCAGACCUCAGAUAUUUGUUGGGAUAUGAUAAAGGAGAUCCCUUGCAUUAGUUGUCCCCAAAAGCCUCAGGGGUCUAUGGCCGCCAUGAUUAAGCUAAAUCUUUCCAAUCUGGAAGACAUCGGCGAUGAUAUUGACUUUUGUUUCAGGCUGGCCAAAGAAGAAUCUGUUAUUAUUCUUCCUGGUACUGCAGUGGGGUUAAAAAAUUGGAUUCGAAUCACUUUUGCUGCUGAUCCGCACUCUCUCAAAGAAGCAUUAGGGAGGUUAAAGUCUUUCUGUAUAAGGCACACCAAGCUAAUGCAGCCAUAUUAGAAGUAAAAGCAAUCUAACAAGGCCUCAAGCCUCAUACAGUAUACCAACAACCAUUAAAACUGUAGGCAUUUCUUUUAUAAUAGAAGAACAAUUAAUAACACUUCCAGAUGUUAGAUACGGUUUGCAUGGAAAAUUCUCAUUCAAAUGUUAUAGAUCAUCUGCAAAGUAGUCUUCCUUAUGCAAUGAAAUCGUCUAAGGUUCGAAUUUCUCCAUAUUUUCCAAAAAAAUACAGUGAAUAGAUUGGAUUUCUGAAUCAGAAAUCUCCUUUACCACAUAUUCUGUUGGUUUUUCUGAUGCUGCUUUUUCAUCGUUUCAACUGAGUAAAACACUUGCUCCUCUUAUAGUACCUACAAAGUACCAUCACAAACAGUUGUGGUUUUAUCUGCCAAGCUUCUGAAUUCGGGACUUGGGUAUCAAUUCAAUAAUCAUCUUUCUCAUUUGUCUACAUUUAUAGAUUUAACACCAGUUGGUCAUAUUUUCCAUCACACAGGACAAUCAAUUAUGCAUUUCCAGGGCAAAUUCUUGGCGAUACCCUCUUCACGAUUUCAAGUCAACUAGUGCUUAGUUAGAGGGUGGCUCAGUAAUUCAGGGUUUAUAUGUUGUACCUGGAUACCUCAUAAACUGUCAAUUUAAAUCAUAACAGGAAAAUAAUACAAAAAAUACACAACUUAAUGGUUUAAAGUUUU